AUGACUAGUGAAGAAUCUCUUUUGCAGACACCAAAAGCUCAUUUACUGCCAUUUGGUGUUGGUGUAGAAGGAUCAGUGAAUGCAAAUCAUUACCUGUCCCUUGAUCCUGUUGUUGAUCCACUGAUCAAGGCAACCAACGAAAAAAUCCGCACUUACACUACAGUAAUUCACGGGAGAAGACUUUAUGGACAUGAAAUUCCUUUGAAUGAAACAAUCAAAGCGCAUUUGUGGGCUCAAGAAGAGUCAAUGGAUCACCCAAUAUACGAUGAUGAAGACGAAGAUGAAGAUUCUGAAAAACAAUCGCGCAAAUUUUCCAAGGUUGGUAACUCUCUGGAAAGCUUUGUUUUGUGGAAGAAAGACAGGGCACCCGAUGAGAAAGAUGCUCGACUGGUAGCCUUGGAGAGCUGGUUUGCUAUUGCUCAAGUGAUUCAUGCUCCAGUACCUUUGUGA